ACAUUGGAAUUUAAUGUGCGAACGGUUUUGUUUUGGUUAUGUAUGAGAAUUUAGAGAAAAUUGAACAAAAAAUUGUUCAUUUAUGAAAAUAUUAGUGUUCGAUUGUUAGGUUAGUUCAUUGUUUGAAAAUAUGAGAGUCUAAAUUUCAACUAACAACACAUGACAAUUCUAAAGAUAUUGUCGUAAUGAGCUGGGGACAGGAGCUCGGUCCCAUCGAUCACGACGCACCGAAUUUAUUUGUAUAUACACCGAAUGGUAAUUCAUCCGGCACCAUGUACGACGAUUACGAUUACGGUUUUUUUAACCUAACAUUAGAUGAUUGUAAAGAGCAGUAUGCUGUUCGAUCAUUGGAAUUAUCGAAUACACACAAAGAUAAAUUUUGUAAAGUAACGUUUGACAGUAUAGCUUGUUGGCCGCCAACUCUAUUCAACGAAACGGCAACGAUCAGCUGUUUUUCUGAAUUGUUUCAUAUUAAAUAUGAUUCUUCACAAAAUGCUACGCGUUUUUGCCAUGCAAAUGGAACUUGGUCGAAACAAAAUUUUUCUAUGUGUAAAGAACUAAUAGAAAUACCAGAAAAUACAUCGACGCAGGCUGAUAUAUAUUUUGUUGGAUUUACAUUAAGUCUAAUAACUCUCACUAUAGCUGUAGGAAUUUUUAUGUGUUUUAAAGACUUGCGUUGCCUUAGGAAUAAAAUUCAUAUAAAUCUUAUGUGGUCGUAUAUUUUGAUGUAUUGCACAUGGAUUGUCAUGUUAAUGCUCAUAAAAUAUAGGUAUAAGUCCAUAGUAUUAUGCAGAUUUGGUACAAUGUUAUUACAUUAUUCCCACGCGUCCACGUUUUUUUGGAUGUUUGUGGAAGGAAUGUAUCUUUAUACUUUAGUUGUUAGGACUAUGAGAAGGAAAAGUUUCAAACUACGUGUCUACGUUAGUAUAGGCUGGGGCAUUCCUUUAUUAUUUAUUAUAUUAUGGGGAGUCCUGAAAGGAGCUAUGAGUGAUAGUAACGACGAGAAUGAAUGUCCAUGGUUGCAAAACGAUUCUCUCGAUUGGAUAUAUCUAGCACCAUCUUUGUUAGUGAUAUUCGUAAAUCUCGCGUUUCUCUUCAGUAUUAUGUGGGUGCUAAUAACGAAAUUGCGAUCUUCCCCAGCCGUGAUUGAACAUCAACAGCAUUACAAGGCCGCUAGGGCGCUGUUGAUAUUGAUGCCGUUGUUGGGAGUUACUUGGGUCAUAACCAUUUAUGUGCCGUCGGAUCCUACCGAAACUCAAAUUUUUCAAAUUGCCCAAACUGCACUUUUGUCCACCCAGGGUCUCAUGAUAGCUUUAUUUUAUUGUUUUCUUAACACUGAAGUACAAGCAACUAUAAAGCACCAUUAUGACAACUGGAAGGCUCGACGAUCAUUUGAAUCGAAUAAUCACCGUAAAAGUAAUGGAUUAGUAAGCCACAGUAGGCAUACCGAAUGGACGCUGAUAAAUAGCGAUGAACCCGAAGCACUUUCCUCAGAAAAAACAAACAAUCUAACAACACUGUCGAAUAUACCGGAUGUUCCAACAACGAGUGAAGUGCCAGACAUUGAGAUAUAACCUAACGUUUCUAACUAAUAUACGAUAGAACCUAAAUUAUAAUUUACUCAAAUUA